CAUGUAGCCACCCAAAAAAUAUAUAUAUUUCAAUUCUCACAAGUCUUCUUCAUAGUUCAUGCACUACAUCACAAGACAUUAUAAUACUUAUAGCUAGACUUGACAAAAGUUUGUUUCAUUCUUAGUCUAAAUUAUAUUCCACAUACUAAUAUCAAAAUCAACAACUACCCAUCCAUUAUUUUUCCAUACUCCAAAUUCUUCCACCUACCAUACAAAACAAGACAAACCCACUUGCAAGACUUGAACAAACAUACACAAGACACACAUUUUUCCCCAUUCAACUCUUAAGUUUUAUUGCAAACAACAUUUUGUUGCAAAGUUUAGUCCCAAAAAAAAAUUAUUUGAUUGCUAAUGAAAUUCCAGAUUAUAGAGAGCAUGAAAUAUUGGCUAAUAGACCAUCCAACCAUAGUUUGGUUCCGAUGGAGUCCUAGCCAAUCAUGGGGCUCCACGUGGCCAUUCCUUGUCACUGCCAUCGCCACUUAUAUAACGGCUGCACUCACACUACACGUCAUCCUUAACAUCUUCAAACGCCGACGCGCUGUCCCACUAGGACCCAUUCCCGCCAUACACUACCUCAUUAUGUCACUAAUCUCCGCCACAAUUUUCACCGGCAUACUAUUCUCUGCGGCUGCAGAACUCCGUGACACACGGUGGCUACUCCGGCGAACUAAAACCACCCCUUUUGAAUGGUUCCUCUGUUUCCCACUUGGUAUUCGCCCCUCAGGUCGCGUUUUCUUUUGGUCUUACGCUUUCUACCUCUCUCGGUUUCUCCAUUUAUUUCGAACGUUCUUUGUCAUUCUCCGUCACCGGAAACUCUCAUUUUUCCGGCUGUUCAACAACUCCAUUCUCUUGCUUAGUUCUUUUCUAUGGCUUGAAUUUUCACAGUCUUUUCAAGUUUUGGGGAUUCUGUUUUCUACUUCGGUUUAUUGUUUGGUUUAUGGAUUUAGAUUUUGGAUUGAAAUUGGGUUACCAAGUAAGAAUUUUUUGUUUACAGUGAAUUGUCAAAUGAUUUUGUUGGGUUGUAAUUUGGUUUGUCAUGUUGGAGUUCUUUGGUUGCAUUUGUUGAGAGGUGGGUGUAAUGGAUUUGGAGCUUGGAUUUUCAAUUCUGUGUUGAAUGCUGCUAUUCUUUUUCUCUUUUUGAAGUCCUAUGUCAAUGUGCAUUGCCAAAAGAAGAAGAAUAGCACCGCUAGUAGUACUUGUGACGAAGGUUUUAAAUUGCGGUCACAAUAACAAUUGAGGUUGUGUCGCAAUAUAAUCUUUGAUAUUGCAGAGAAUUGUGUUUAAAUGGAGUUGAAUACAGCCUCAAUCGCUUUGAUGUCAUGGUUUAAGUCGCGGCCGCAAAACCAAUUGAAGUUGGGUCUAGUAAAAUGAGCUAGUCUCAUGAACCAACCAAAAUUUGAAACUUAGUUAAAGUUAAGGGAAUUUAUGGAAAAUUUUAUUGGUGAGGCAAAUACUUAGAACUUGGUUUCCGUUGAUGUAAAUUUUGGUCUUGAGCUUUUUGAUGCUUUAGUUUAAUUAGGCUCACCUUUGUCUCUUUGAAAAUGUUGAGACAAGGAAUUGGAUACAUCAUACAUAACAUAUUUCACAUACUUUGUAAAGCUUUAAUUGAUGAUUUUCUAAUUGAAA